AUGGCCUUCCUCUCACAGCUUGUGGAGAGGCCCAGCUCCCAGGACUUGAUGCGGGUUAUGUACUCCAUCUUCCAGUCCGGGGGUCCCUCGUCCUUAAGUCAGCUGAUGUCCACUGUAUCGGAUCUCUUCUGCGGAUACCCAGAGGGUGAGAUCACCCGGGUCUUCUCCUUUAAUUGGUAUGAGGACAACAACUACAAGGCUUUCCUAGGCAUCAACAGCUCCAGAGGACACGACAGCUACACCUAUGACACGACAGCAACUCCAUUUUGUAAUGCAUUGAUGCAGAACCUAGAGUCGAACCCUGUUAUGAAAAUCAUGUGGAAUUCAGUGAAGCCUCUGGUGAUGGGGAAGAUCCUCUACACCCCAGACUCCCCAGCUGUCAGAAAGAUAUUAAAAAGUGCCAACACUACUUUUGAGGAGCUAGAGAGGUUGCAGAAAAUGGGGAAGGUCUGGGAAGAGGUGGGUCCGCAGCUCUGGGAAUUCUUUCAGAACAGCGUUCAAAUGAACAUGAUACGGGACACACUUAGAAACCCCACAGUGAUGGACUUUUUGGACAGGCGUCUUAAAGAAACACAGUUGUCCUCCAAAGACAUCCUUAACUUCCUGCACAAUGGCCCAGAGCAGGACAGAUAUAUGAACAUGACAAACUUUGACUGGAGAAACGUCUUUAGUCUGGCUGAUCAGGUUAUUCGUAUGUUCAACCGGUACAGUGAGGUAAGGGCAGUCAUCAAUUCAAUUUAGGUUUAGGGAUAAGUUAGUUAGAACUGA